GGCCUGGCUGCCGCGGCGCGGCGCCACUGAGCACGUCGGCGGUGCGCGGCGAGAUCCGCAAGCUGGCGCGCCUGCGGGUGGUGGACAACAGCCCGAUCGGGAGGGAGGCGAUGGCCGAGGGUCGGCCGCCGCGCGUCAUCCACGUCUACAACAAGCGCGAGGUCGCCACCGUCGGCGAUAAGGUGCUGCUGGCUAUCAAGGGCGAGAAGCGGAAGGGGCUGCUGGUCGGCUGUGUGAAGACGCAGCACCCGCACUCCAUGAUCCCUCGCUUCGACACCAACAACGUGGUGCUGAUCGAUGACAACGGCACGCCGCUCGGUACACGCAUCCACGUGCCGAUCCCGAACGUGAUCCGGCAGCGGCUGCAGAACAUGAGCCACAAGAAGUCGGGUGACUUCACCAAGAUCCUGUCGCUGGCCACGCGGUUUGUGUAGCGCGCUGAGGGCGCCGCGGUGCUGGUGUGCAGAGGGUGACGGCCGGGGACUCCUGUCCGGCAGAGGUGUGAGUUGUGUGAGUGAGGUGUGUUAGUGGAAGGUCUGGUGAGAGGCAAUACAUGUGAUGUGGUGCGG